AUGUCUCUUGAGCCAGCUAUAAAAACAUAUCAUUCGACCCUUCCCUCCCCCACACCGAACUCACCUUCAUUUGUCUUCCACCUCACUAGGCUGGUAGACACAUUGAUGAUAUGGGCAGGGACUGGAACGCCAUCCGACCCGACCGCGAUGGGGGAUGGAAAUGUAGUAGUGUCUGAGAAAAAGUUGGCUAAUGAUUGGGCGGUAGCUAUGCCAUCAAGAGGGAACAUACCCGUCACUUCCACAUCGGUGUACAGAGCUACGGCGAAUGAUCAUGCUUUGGGCAUGUCUCAGCGGUUGGCUCGUAAAUUCCCAAAUAACCAGAUACACCUCUCUCUAUCUUUACCUUCCUCAAUGACCUCCCAGAGCGGACCUAAUCUCGAUCCAUAUGCCAGUAAACUAUUACUUGUGAUGGAGAAAAAGCUAGGUAGCUGGCUGAGUGAACUGUUGGAGGCUGAGAAGAUCAGUGGAAUAUGA